AUGGGUUUUUCUAGUUUCUAUCGCAGCUCAACCCCGAGCUCAGGACGCCACUACGUGGCUGGACCACGGGCAUCAACCGGCAUGGUCGAGUUCAGUUCGUCCUACGACCCGAGUGAAAUCCCCAGAGGUCGCCACGAUUAUAACCGAUACCACACUGGUCUGAUAUCACCAGUUGAAGCGCGUCCUGUCAGCUCCCAGAAAAUACGUGACCCCAACUCGUCCUUCAAGAAGUUGACGGAGUAUGCUAUUCGACCCAAGUCCAGACAAAGGAGCAGUACAACCUCAGAUGCAUCGCUUUAUGACUCUACCCGUACCUUUGAAAAUCCGGCUAGACUCUCAGUGCAAUCACAUUCCCGUCCGAUCAUCACUUCAAGUUUUGGUCCCUCGUCGAGUCCACCCUCCAAAUCUUCGGAUCACUAUAUCACUCCAGGAUCGUCACACUCUCCCCGCCAUCGCCGCAUAUAUAGCACCGACUAUGCGAGUGAUACUGGUUAUCUGACGCCACGAGAUGUGGUGAAGAACCGGACUUCCCCUCGCCACGGUAUGCGUCAUGCACAUGAACCCAGCGGGCGACAUCGGUCUUCGACGUACGACGGACUGAAGACAGGCGACGACAUUGACAACUACGAUGCUUAUUCAUACACCACCCCGCGAGAGCAAUUUGAUCGUGAUUAUCCCAUCAGGCCGCGUACUCCGUCAAGAUCCACAGUAGACCGCCCUAUCAGCGUGAAUCUGAUGGACGAAAAGUCGCUUCAGUCUCUUCGAGUGCGCAAAGACAACCGCCAACACGGACCCCCACCGACAUCCUGGGAUUUCGACAAAAUUGACCAUGAGGGAAGGCCUCGCUCCAGGCGUGCUAUUGAAGAGCACCGAGAGUCAUCGAGGCCUAGGGCAGGCCAUGAGCGUGCCUUGGUGGCAUUGCCCCACGAAUCCGACGAUGGAUAUGAUUCUUUCAGUGACACUCACCACCAUCGCCGCCGCCGUAGACAUCGCCGUCAUCACCAAGACGGCGACCGGCACCACCCGGAAGAGCGACCUUCUUCAAGGCUGGGCAAUGAACAGGCUCUUGUAGGACUCGGGACAGCGGCUCUGGGAAGUGGGUUCUCUGACGCGUCCGACCACGAGCGAUCAACGAGACGUCAUCACAGACGACCUCGCGAUCCCGAACGUGAUUUCGACGCUACCCAGUCUACUACCCAGCUCAGGUCUUACCAUGAGCCGGGCGAUCGCCAGCGUAGCCGAACACGCAGACAUUCUCGUCAUGAGGAUCGAUUCACCGACGAUGAGGAUCUUCAGAAAUACCGCCGUGAGCCAUCUACAAAACCAGGCCCUCGACACAGCAGCAGCGACACCAGUGAAGAUAAUCAUCCAGCCCGCCGCCCACCACGAGAGCGUUCGCAGGUACGAUCGCCCCGGCGGCUGCAGGAUGUGAUUCAUUCGAACGAUUCUCGACACUCUGCAUCAUCCUUCGACAGUAACGAGUCUAGGAGACCUCUCACUGCUGUCGACCCACCGUCGUCCAAAGAGCCUGAGCAUGCUCCAAAGGGUAUUUUGAAACCGCCCCGCCCCAGUUUCCCGGAGGAGCCCAAUCCCGUGCGAGAAGGCGUAGCACCGCUCAAAGAUGCCACCAAAAAGGGCAUCCCGCCGGGUGCUCGGUGGACAAAGAUCGAUCGACGACUUGUCAACCCUGCUGCAUUGGAGGCAGGGAAUGAGCGAUUCGAGGAGCGAUCGGACUAUGUCAUCGUGCUUCGAGUCUUGACAAAGGAAGAGAUUCAAGCAUAUGCUGUGAAGACGCAGGAGAUCCGAGACACACGUCAUAAGGAGCAUAUCCAGGACAAGCGUCGACAAAUGGACAAGAGUAAGCGCGAUGGUCGUCGCGGUGAAGAGUCUUCCAGUGACGACGAGGACGAGGGUGACAAUGAACAACUAAAGCUUGAACCGCCUUCGAAAGAGCCAAAUAAUCACACGCUGCCAAUGCGUCCUCGUUCUACUGUCAAUGCCAUGCCGAGGAUGCCUUCGAGAAUGCCGUCCGCUACGCUGGCGUAG